CUCUCCAUAAUUUGUUUUCUACGUGAGGGUUAGGUGUGCUCCUAACCCCAUUAGCCAUGGCACAAGAUGAAGAAGCUGCCAAGGUCAAAGUCGAAGAAAAGGUUCCAUUUUACAAGCUUUUCACCUUUGCAGACCACCUUGACAUGACUAUGAUGAUCAUUGGUGUCAUCAGUGCCAUGGCUAAUGGGAUGUCGCAACCUCUCAUGUCCCUCAUUUUUGGGAAGAUGAUCAACGCAUUUGGCUCCACUGAUCCCUCCCACAUUGUCCAGGAAGUUUCUAAGGUUGCAUUGUUAUUUGUUUACGUGGCUUUUGGGGCUGGAAUUACCUCUUUUCUACAGGUAUCAUGUUGGAUGAUGACAGGAGAAAGACAAGCAGCAAGGAUCCGUGGCUUGUACUUGAAAACUAUAUUGAAGCAGGACAUUACCUUCUUUGACACUGAAACAACAACUGGUGAGGUAAUUGGGAGAAUGUCUGGUGACACCAUUCUCAUUCAAGAUGCCAUGGGAGAAAAGGUUGGGAAGUUUAUACAACUUGUUUCAGCAUUUUUUGGUGGCUUUGUCAUAGCCUUUACAAAAGGAUGGGAACUCUGUCUAGUUUUGCUUGCAUGCAUUCCUUGCAUUGUUGUUGUUGGUGGAAUCAUGUCCAUGAUGAUGGCAAAAAUGUCAACUCGCGGGCAAGCUGCUUAUGCAGAAGCUGGAAUUGUUGUAGAACAAACAGUUGGAGCCAUUAGAACAGUUGCCUCUUUUACUGGUGAGAAAAAAGCAAUAGAGAAAUAUAAUAACAAGUUAAGAAUUGCUUAUGCUACAACUGUUCAACAAGGGUUGGCCUCAGGGUUUGGAAUGGGAGUACUCUUGUUGAUUAUUUUUUGCACCUAUGCACUUGCCAUGUGGUAUGGUUCCAAACUGAUCAUUGAGAAAGGCUAUGAUGGUGGAAGUGUCUUCAACAUUAUCAUGUCAAUCAAUACUGGUGGAAUGUCACUUGGUCAGGCAGCUCCGUGCGUAAAUGCAUUUGCAGCAGGCCAAGCAGCAGCAUAUAAGAUGUUUGAGACAAUUAAACGAAAGCCAAAAAUUGAUGCUUAUGACACCAAUGGUGUUGUCUUGGAAGAAAUAAGGGGAGAUAUAGAACUCAAGGAUGUUCACUUCAGAUACCCUGCAAGGCCAGAUGUUCAGAUCUUUUCCGGAUUCUCAUUCUAUAUUCCAAGUGGAAAAACUGCUGCUUUUGUGGGUCAAAGUGGAAGCGGGAAGUCCACUAUAAUUAGUUUAUUAGAAAGAUUUUAUGAUCCUGAAGCUGGAGAAGUACUUAUAGAUGGUGUGAAUUUGAAGAAUUUUCAAGUUAGAUGGAUUAGAGAACAGAUUGGGCUUGUUGGUCAAGAACCUAUCCUGUUUACAGCUAGUAUUAAAGAGAACAUAGCAUACGGGAAAGAAGGUGCAACAGAUGAGGAGAUAACAACAGCAAUAACACUUGCUAAUGCCAAAAAGUUCAUUGAUAAGCUGCCUCAGGGAAUUGACACAAUGGUUGGAGGGCAUGGAACUCAACUUUCUGGUGGGCAAAAACAAAGAAUAGCAAUUGCAAGGGCAAUUUUGAAGAACCCAAGAAUCCUUCUUCUUGAUGAAGCUACUAGUGCAUUGGAUGCUGAGUCUGAACGUAUUGUCCAAGAAGCAUUAGAAAAAGUUAUGUCACAAAGGACUACUGUAGUUGUUGCACAUCGUUUAACAACUAUUAGAAAUGCUGACAUAAUAGCAGUGAUUCAUCAGGGAAAAAUUGUAGAAAAAGGAACUCAUGAUGAAUUGAUCAAGGAUGCUGAUGGUUCUUAUUCUCAGCUUAUUCGUUUACAAGAAGGAAAUAAAGGAGCAGAUGUGAGCCGAAAAUCAGAAGCAGAUAAGUCAAAUAACAACAGCUUCAACUUAGAUAGUCACAUGGCUAGAUCUUUAACUAAGAGAACAUCCUUUGCAAGAUCAAUAAGUCAAGGCUCAACAAGCAGUAGACACUCUCUCUCACUUGGCUUAGCUCUUCCUUAUCAAAUUCCUUUGCAUAAGUCUGGAGAAGGAGAUAAUGAGGAUGUUGAAAGUAGUGAAGUUGAUAAUAAGAAGAACCAAAAGGUUCCCAUUAACCGUUUGGCCAAGCUGAACAAGCCAGAGGUUCCUGUCUUAUUACUAGGAUCCAUUGCUGCAGCAAUACAUGGUGUUAUUCUCCCUAUAUUUGGACUCUUGCUUUCAUCAGCAAUUAACACGUUCUAUAAACCUCCAAAUGAGCUCAGGAAAGAUUCUGAGUUUUGGUCACUUUUAUUUGUUGGUUUGGGGGUUGUCACUUUGGUGGCUAUACCAGUGCAAAACUACUUAUUUGGGAUAGCUGGUGGAAAACUUAUAGAACGAAUUUGUUCGUUGACAUUUAACAAGGUUGUGCACCAAGAAAUCAGUUGGUUCGAUCGUCCUUCAAAUUCAAGUGGGGCAGUUAGUGCAAGGUUAGCUACUGGAGCUUCAACAGUGAGAAGCCUCGUGGGUGACACCUUGGCCCUCAUUGUGCAAAACAUAGCAACAGUCUCAGCAGGUCUAGUUAUAGCAUUCACUGCUAAUUGGAUUCUGGCUUUUGUAAUUCUGGCCGUGUCACCCUUGUUGCUUAUACAAGGAUACCUUCAGACCAAGUUUGUAAAAGGAUUCAGUGCAGAUGCAAAGGUGAUGUAUGAGGAGGCAAGUCAGGUGGCAACUGAUGCUGUUGGUAGCAUUAGAACUGUUGCAUCAUUCUGUGCUGAGCCAAAGGUGAUGGAAAUGUACAGGAAGAAAUGUUCAGGGCCAGAAAAACAAGGUGUUCGGUUGGGGCUUGUUAGUGGUGCAGGAUUAGGUUUCUCUUUUGUUGUUCUAUACUGCACAAAUGCUUUCUGUUUCUACAUAGGAUCUAUUCUUGUGCAACAUGGGAAAGCAACUUUUGGAGAGGUUUUCAAGGUUUUCUUUGCCUUAACAAUUACAGCAGUUGGUGUUUCCCAGAGUAGUGCCUUGGCUCCAGAUACUAACAAGGCCAAAGAUUCUGCAGCCUCAAUAUUUGAAAUUCUUGACAGCAAACCAGCUAUUGACUCCAGCAGUGAUGAGGGCACAACAUUAGACACAGUAAAAGGUGAAAUUGAACUUCAACAAGUCAGCUUUUGUUACCCAACAAGGCCUAAUAUUCAAAUUUUCAAAGACAUGUGUCUAACCAUGCCAACUGGAAAGACCGUUGCCUUGGUUGGAGAAAGUGGCAGUGGAAAAUCAACAGUGAUCAGCCUCUUAGAGAGAUUUUACAACCCUGACUCUGGACGCAUACUAAUUGAUGGAGUGGAUAUAAAAGAAUUCAAACUAAACUGGCUGAGGCAGCAAAUGGGUUUGGUUGGUCAAGAGCCUAUUCUUUUCAAUGAUAGCAUUCGUGCCAACAUAGCUUAUAGCAAAGAGGGAGGUGCCACAGAGGAAGAGAUAAUUGCAGCAGCACAAGCAGCCAAUGCACACAAGUUCAUCAGUUCUCUUCCACAUGGUUAUGACACCUCUGUUGGAGAAAGAGGCACACAAUUGUCAGGAGGACAAAAGCAGCGCAUAGCCAUUGCAAGAGCCAUUCUGAAAGACCCAAGAAUCCUUUUGCUUGAUGAGGCAACUAGUGCACUUGAUGCAGAAUCAGAAGGUGUGGUUCAAGAGGCUCUUGAUAGAGUGUCUGUGAAUAGAACUACUGUCGUUAUUGCUCACCGCCUCACAACAAUUAAAGGUGCUGACAUUAUAGCAGUGGUGAAAAAUGGGGCGAUUGCUGAGAAGGGAGGACAUGAUGCGUUGAUGAAGAUUGAUGGUGGAGUUUAUGCUUCUUUGGUAGCUCUCCAUACGAAGUGAAAUAGAAUGUUGGUGCUUCCAUAGAAUUGGUUGACUAAAUUAAUUAAGAUUCCGAUGAAUCCAGUAUAACACUAGGUGAAAAGAUUUAGUCUUUUUUAGAAACAAUACACCCUCAAUCCGAUGAAUCCAAUAUAACAAGACCACAUUAUAGUGGUGGAGCUGUAUGAUGAUUAGAGCAUCUACAGUUAAAGAAUUCAUUUUGGAUUUUUGAAUUAUUUUUAAUAAAUUUCAUGAUACUAUAUAAUGCAUAAAUUUUUGUUUA